CGACGCAUUGCACACGCGACUAUCAAUGUGGACUAGAUUGUAAACACAGGCUAGAAGUGCGCUGUAUGUUUAUAGGGUGAAACAGCACAUUUUUUGGCGUAAAAAUAAAACUGCAUCCAUUCACCAACAAGUAGCUCUUUACAGACAUUAAUUCAUCCUACUCCAGAGCUUAAGUGAGGCUCAUGAGGCAGUAACGCUGAUAUUCUACCUGAGACGCUACUGGAAGCACAUCUGAGGGAGCUGUCAUGGUGUGGAUGAGGACUUGAAGUAUCAGAAGAGCAGGGAUCUCAAUCUGAAUCCGUCUUGAAGCGACGGUGAACCAUGGCUUAGUCAGUACCUCAGCAGUGUUGCAUAUGACUGGAUACCAGCAGCUCCACACACUCGUGUGAACCUCUGUCUUUCAGUCUGAUCAAUCCCUCCCAGAUGCAGCGAACACGCGGCUUGCGGAGCAAAGCAAAAUGCCUCAAGAGAAAAAAGGGAUUCCUGUCUUUAGUCAAGGGAGUCUCUCAUCUUUCCAGACAAGCCAAGAAACACGUGUACUCUAAAUUACAGCUCUGGAUGUGGAGGAGGCGGAGGGAGAAAUGCUGUCUUGGGUUUUUCUUAAAAAAGAUAAGAGCUCACAGGAUCACCUCCAACCCUUUACUCAGUGUGAAGACACAGCCACAGGAAAACAAAAGCCCAACCGAUCACACACCAAAGCUCGAAGAGUCAGUCACAUCAUCGGCUCUUGGGUGUGAUAGUGGAGGUUCAGAGGAAACGGCCAGAAAUUGCCUGCUGUCGCUUUGUGAAUCUGUCAGUCCUUCAAAAACGUUACAGAACCAAGUCGAGGACCUGAAUGUUUCUGAGGGUCACAUGAGUCAAACUUUGCUGUCUCAGAAAACAGAAACUUUGGUACAACUCUUUACAGACCCUUUAAAACUUCCUCAACCUAUAGAACCUGUGUUGAAUACAGACACUGAUGCAUGUGGGUUGACUACACAUUUGAAAAGAGAAAGGACAAUGGUUCCUGCUCGAAGGAUAGAGGUUGGCGUCCCAUCGAGUCCACAUCAUUUGACUUCUGUGGCUCCAGGUCAGAACCAGUUUCUGACCAGACACACGAAUAAAGGCAUCAGCAGUAAGUGUUCUCCAACUGACGUCAGACUGCUAGCAAAAGACAUCCAAGAAUUUCUUGAGGACUUCUAUGGAAUAUAUGGUAGUUUCAUCCCGUUACAAAAGAGAGACGUGUUGAGACAUCUGAAGAGGAAGUUCAACACGGAUUUCAGCGGCAGGAAAAACAUAGUCUUCCAAGAAGUGACCAAAUACCAAGCUUUAAUGUUUAAGAAGCCCGUCCCCUGCUUCCAGGUGCUCUACAAGAAACACACACUGACCCUGGAGGACUUGUCCACACUGGCGGAUCAGAACUGGCUCAACGACCAGGUCAUGAACAUGUAUGGAGAGUUGAUUAUGGAAUCUGCGCACCACAAGGUCCAUUUCCUCAACAGCUUCUUCCACCGGCAGCUCAUGACUAAAGGAUAUGACGGUGUUAAGAGAUGGACGAAGCAGGUGGAAUUGUUUUCAAAGAGCUUGCUUUUGGUGCCCAUCCACCUGGAGGUUCACUGGUGUCUGGUGACGGCCGACAUCGGCAAAAAAAAGAUCUGCCUUUACGACUCUCAGGGCAACUCACUGCAGAAGGUCGCAAGGAACAUCCUGAAAUACUUGAUGGUGGAAGCAAGGGAGAGGAAGCAAACUGAGUUUGAAAGUGGUUGGGCUGUGUCGUACGAUGAGAUAAUCCCACAGCAGACCAAUGAAAAUGACUGCGGAGUUUUUGUAUUGGAGUACUCUAGACGCCUCGCUCUGGAAAAACCUCUCCAGUUUUCACAGAAGGACAUACCAAAGAUACGCAAGAGGAUCUACAAGGAGCUCUGCGACUGUGCGCUCCAUGAACAGGGUUGACCACUUUCGUACAGUCGACUCGUGGGUAUCACUGAUAAUAUCUGGAAAGGGUAGGAAAUAAACAGCCCUCACUUUGGGGGCCGUCCGUUUUACAGCCCUUCAGCGCUGUGAUUGUCGUCAUGUUUUUAUGAUUGCUGUAUUUAUGUGAUCAAUAUUUAUGUAGGCAUGUUGUUCAAGAAGAAAGGUAUUUCAAGUGCUGUUAGACCUUGGAUUGGAGUUUACACAUAUACACUGCACCAACAGAGCCUUAGUGUCGGCCUGUCAGAGGAUCUUAUCUAAUAAAAGUGUGUUUUCUGAUUAAGAUUCUGUACACUUUAUAGUUGUAAUGAUGCCUCUUUCAGCCGUUAGACACAGAUGACUGAAUGGAGGAUAUGUAUUUUAUUCAUUCAAAUGUUUGUUGGAAUAAUAGAAAUAAAAGGUUCAUAAAGUUUCAAAUAAAGCACAAUUUUGAAACAUUUCACAAAA